GUUAACACCAAGUGCCUUAGAGAACCAUAUGCUUCCACACUGCGGAGCUGAGGUGAUCUCUUCAGACCCUUGGGAGAGACCCAGACAUCUGACUUCCCACUGAGAGACCCGGAAUUGCCCAGAGUUUGAGAAAGCUGCGUCAGAGACUGCAGCAGUCAGCACACAUUCCUGUCUGACCAGGCUCUCUCCCUCAAGUCCCCUGCGAUGCCUCUGGCGAUGCUUCGGGACUGGUGCAGGUGGAUGGGUGCGAACGCAGAGCGCUCCCUGCUCAUCCUGGAUAUCCCUGACGACUGUGAGGACCAUGAGUUCCAGGAGGCCGUGCGGGCUGCCCUGUCGCCCCUGGGCAGGUACCGACAGCCAGGCUGCGUGGAAGAAUCCUUUGAGAGCUGGUUGGAGGAUGCCAAGGAUAUGCUGCAGCUGUGGUGCCACGCGUCGGAAAGGGAGAGAAGGAGGCGGAUGCUGGACAGCUUGGAUGGCCUGGCCCUGGAUAUCGUGAGCGGCCUCCUGGAGGAAGAGCCCGACUUCUCUGUGCAGGACUGCCUGACGGCGCUGGGGCAGGUGUUUAGGAGCCGGGAUACGUGGAUGACCUCGCGGAUGAAGUUCCUGACCUGCACGCAGGGGCCCCAGGAGGGGCUGUUUGUCUUCGUGGUGCGCCUGGAAGGCCUGCUGCAGAAGGCCGUGGAGAAGGGGGCCGUCCACCCAGCCAUGGCCAACUACCUGCGACUGCGGCAGGUGCUGUCUCGGGCCCACCCCAGUGAGGCGCUUCAGGAUACCCUGAGGAGGAUGCAGCUGGAGAGGAGGCCACCCGGCUUCCUGAGGCUGCUGCGGCUCAUCCGGGACACGGAGGCGUUGGCGGCCUCCCCAGCGAGGAGCCAGCAGUGUGCGGCCUGGCCAGCAGCCCCAGUGGAGAGUGAAGACCCAGCUGCCAUCCAGGCGGCCCCUGCCGGUGGAGAUGCCGCCCAGGCCUCCCCAACCCAGGGGAACACCAGCGAGGCUGAUCCCAGAGUGGAUGAUGCUGCUGAGGCUGCUUCUGCCACCAAAGAGGCUGCCAGGGGCGCCCCUGCCACUGGGGAAGUUGAAAAUGCCCCUGCAUGCCUUGAAGGCCUAGGUCAGGCAAGGCCCCCCGACGCCCCUGGGGGCCUCCGAGCCCGGAUGGGCAGUGGAGUCGACAUGGCCCCAGGAGGUCCCAGCUGGGAGCCAGAGGGCCUUGUCCAGGUCGGAGGCCAGGAGGCUGAGGAGCCUCCCCAGGAGGGGCUCAAGCCCAUCUUGGAGGAGUCAGAAAACGAGGAUGAGGACGGGACUGGGGAGGUGGGCAAGCCCAAGCCCCCCCCGGGCAAAUAG